AAGCGACGAAGUCAGCACUCAGCGAAUUACCAAGUGAAGUUAGAAAAUCGGAAAUUGCAGCGUGGAUUUUUAACUGUUGCAUUUAUUGUUUUUCACAAAAAUAGUAUCACUAUUGAAUUAUUUUGUUAUGUAUUUGUGUAAUAACUACAAAUGGUUUCAUUAUGACUGAUUAUUUCCAUGUUUUCGAACAAAGUUUGUGCCUAUCAUUGUCUGUAACGUUCACUUACGCGACAAGUGCAUCAUAGCGAAACCUAUACAUUAUUUAGGAAAAUGAUCUCGUAUGUGUCCAAAAUUCAUGGAUCAAAAGAGAUAUAUAUUUGAUUUUGUGUUAAAUUUGUAAGAACACUUAUCAUGUAUCCUACACAAGCUAGGCAUCCGGCCGCCGCCGUUCGGGGACCCCAACCGUCCUCUGGGCCGAUAAAGUUUACAAUCGCCGAUACUUUAGAACGUAUAAAGGAAGAAUUUAAUUUUUUACAAGCACAGUAUCACUCAUUAAAGUUAGAAUGCGAGAAACUGGCGAGCGAGAAAACAGAAAUGCAAAGGCAUUAUGUUAUGUAUUACGAAAUGUCUUAUGGACUAAAUGUUGAAAUGCACAAACAGACGGAGAUAGCAAAGAGGUUGAGUGCAAUUAUCGGUCAAGUGUUGCCGUUUCUUGCUCAAGAGCACCAGCAACAGGUGGCGUCUGCCGUUGAGAGAGCUAAGCAGGUCACUAUGUCUGAACUUAAUGCAAUUAUAGGGCAACAGCAGCAACAAGGCCUGCAACAACUUCUUCAACAGAUCCACGCGUCGGGGCUGCCGCACGGAGUCGCCGGGGGCGGAGCGCUGCUCGGCGGAGGCCUGAUGUUCCCGGGGGCGCCGCCGCCGCACCUGCCCGCGCCCGCGCACAAGGUACAGGAGCUACCGCCGCCUGAGUCCAAGCCGCCGCUGUCGAGCGGGCCUCCCCCGCCGCACCCCGGUCAGCCGCCGCCCCGUGACGACGACCGCCUGGCCGCGAGAGCUAUCGCCCAACAGCAAAGGCGCUCCGUGUCCCCCCACGAACAAAAGUACAGACCCCGGUCAGCGGAGCCCGAACAAGAGGCGAAGCGCCGGAAGGAAGAGAAGGUACCCGGCCGUGUGAGUCUGUGUAGUGACAGCGAUGCUGAGAAGAGUGAUCAAGAUCUCGUCGUAGAUGUAGCGAACGAGGAGGAGCGUGGUUCCCCCAGCGCUCGCACGGAAGAGAGAACAGAGAACGGCCCGAGGCCGCCUUCGCGCUCCGGUUCGAGCUCAAGCCGGUCCACGCCGAAGAGCAAAGAUGAUAAGCCCGGCACGCCCGGCGCGAAGACCCGCGCGCCGACGCCGACGGGUCGCUACGGGUUCCCAUACUCGUACCGCGCGCCCUACGAGCCGCCGCGCAACGGGUUACCGCCCGCCAAACCCGCAUACUCAUUCCACACAUGCGGCGGGCCGCUCCAACCGGUUCCGUUUCCGGCGGACGCGUUAACCGCACCGGGGGUUCCCCGGGGUGCGCGACAGGCGGCGACGUUACCGCACGGGGAGGUUGUAUGUGCGGUCGCCCUGUCGCUGACUGGCACGGCUCGGUACGCGUACACCGGCGGAAAAGGGUGUGUGAAGCUAUGGGAUAUAACCAAUCCGGGCGCCCCGGGUUUGGAACCACUGGCGCAGUUGGAUUGCUUGCAACGUGACAACUACAUCAGAUCAGUGAAGCUGCUACCCGACGGGCGGACGUUGUUAGUUGGAGGCGAGGCGUCCAAUCUCUCUAUAUGGGAGUUGGGUGGCCCCACGCCUAGAAUGCGCGCCGAACUAACUUCUACGGCGCCUGCUUGUUACGCGCUUGCUAUUAGCCCGGAUUCCAAGGUCUGCUUCAGUUGCUGUUCAGACGGUAACAUAGCUGUAUGGGACCUGCACAAUCAGACGUUAGUUAGGCAAUUCCAAGGUCACACGGACGGCGCGUCCUGUAUCGACAUCAGUCCGGACGGUACGCGGCUUUGGACGGGCGGGCUCGACAAUACUGUCCGAUCCUGGGACUUGCGGGAAGGACGCCAGCUACACCAGCACGACUUCUCUAGCCAGAUAUUCUCGCUAGGAUAUUGUCCGACAGGGUCCUGGCUAGCAGUUGGCAUGGAGAAUUCCCACGUCGAAGUGCUCCACGCGGGCAAGCCGGACCGCUACCAGCUGGUGCUGCACGAGUCCUGCGUGCUGUCCCUCAAGUUCGCGCAGUGCGGGAAGUGGUUCGUGUCGACGGGGAAGGAUAACUUGCUGAACGCGUGGCGGACGCCUUACGGCGCGAGCAUAUUCCAGUCCAAGGAAUCAUCAUCGGUGCUCAGUUGUGAUAUAUCAGCGGACGAUAAGUACAUAGUGACGGGUUCAGGGGACAAAAAAGCGACAGUGUACGAAGUGAUGUACUAGGACAAGUGAAGUGAAGUGAUAAUCUCAAUCGGCAAUAACUAUAAAGUUAAUGAGGGUAAAAGUGAGGAAAUAAAUUGUAAUUUUAUUUUA